GACAAUUUUGACUACAUAAAAUUUUAACGUUUUUACAAAAAUAAAAUCAAUGUUAGAAGGAAAGAUCUCAUAUCUAAGAUACAUAGGGAAUUGAAACAAAUAUAGAAUAAUAGCCAUUCCCUAAUAGGUAAAUAGUUAAAAACUAGGAGCAGAUAGUUGUUUAAAAAAAUGCUCCCAAAUAUCAAUAAUGCAAAUUAAAACAAUCCUGAGAUUCUACCCCAUUUCCUUCACAUUGGCAAAGAUGACAAAUGAGAAAAGUGUCAGUAGUUGGAAGAUAUGUUGAUGGAAGCAUUGUUGAUGGAAGCAUUGUUGAUGGAGCUGUGAAUUGUCACAAGUAUUGUGGAAAACAAUGUGGAACUACAAUCCAAAUAUUACUAAACUAUAUCUAACCUUUGAUUUAAGCAAUACUGCUAGGAGACAUACCCAGAGGCCAAAAACAAAUAUGUUAUGCACAAAAAUAUUUAAUGCAUCAUUUUUUGUUAUAAUAAAAGACUAGUAAAUGAAAUAAUUAAAAGAUUGUGUAGAGAGAAUAGUAAAUAGGGGACAGAACUUGGAGAGAUGGCAUCAUAACAGUGGGAUAGUAGAAUAGUAGAAUAGUCCCUUUUUUAGGAUAGGGGAAAUAUGAGAAUGUUUAUAGGCAACACAGAAGGAACUUGUAGACAGAGAUUAGAGAUGAUGAGGAUGAUAGUGGGGGAAAUCUGUGGAAGAAGAUGGGAUGGAAUGGGAUCAAGGAAACAUAUAGAGUAUCGUCUUGUCAAUAAGGGCUACUUAAAUAUUUUUUUCUUUUUUUAUUACUAAUUGUUUUAUUUUUUCUGGUUAUACAUGUAUAUCAACUUUGUAAAUACACAUUUCUGAAUCAUGUUUGGAGACAAAAAUCAGACAAAAGGGAGAAAUCAUGAGAGAAUCCCUCCUUCAAAAGUGAACGUAGUAUGUGUUGGUUUACAUUCAUAUCUCCAUAGUUCUCUCUCUGGAUGCAGAUGGCAUUUUCUAUCCAAAGUUUAUUGGGAUUGUCAUGGAUCACUGAACCGCUGAGAAGAACCAAGUCUUUCAUAGUUGAUCAUUUCACGAUCUUGCUGUUACUGUGUACAAUGUAUGCCUGGUUCUGUUUGUUUUGCUCAGCAUCAGUUCAUGUAAAUCUCUCCAGGCCUUUCUAAAAUCUAAAAUUCUAAAAUCAGCUUGUUCAUUUUUUAUAGAAUAAUAACAUUCCAUACUUUCAAAUGUCAUAACUUAUUCAGCCAUUCUCAUUUUCCAAUUUUUUGCUACCACAAAAAGAGCUGCUACAAACAUUUUUUGUACGUAUAGAUCCUUUUCCCUCCUUUAUAAUUUCCUUGGGAUACAGAGGCACCACCAGGUCAAAGGGUAUGCAUAGUUUUAUAGCCAAUGAGGGCCACUUUUGUGGUCCUCUUUGUGAAGGAGAAGAUGGUGAAGGUCAGAGGAAUGUGAGAUGAAAAUAAGAGAAGAAGGAGCUUAUGGAGAAUUUCAAAUUUGUUUUCUUUAAAUAAGGGAGAAACUUCUUAACUAAAAUAAUGAGGGGACAGAGUUCUAUGGGAAGGUUGAGGAAACAAAGUAAAUAGUUACAUGGUGAUAAAUUGGAUGAUAAAUUUAGAUAGGAGGAACCUCAAAAGAGGAGAAGUGGUAAAUCCCAGCAAUAGAGGGAGAUAAUGCAAGUUAUAAUGGGAAGCAAGGAGUAUGUCUUCUUCAUUCACCAUGAUCAUCAAUCAAGAGAUAUGGAGGAUAGUAUGAGAAAAACUAUAGUCAAUACUAGAAAGGGUGACCAAGCACACAGUAUCAUCUGUAGGGAGCCAGGUCUCAGUGAAUGCCAGAAAAUGGAAGGAUCAUUAGUGAAAGAGUUUUUAAAAUGGGAGUUAAUUAUGGGGCAGGUGUUUUAAAUUGCAGAGUGGAAGAUUCAAGUAUGUCUCUAGUGGCACAGCGUAGUAGGAUUGAGUUCAGGUGGAUGAGAAUGAAGACGUAGUAGACAGCUGGCAUUAGGUAGAGGGAUUUGUUCUCUGGCAAGUGGUUCAAUAUCACUGGGAUGGGGAGAUUAAAAGGCAGUGAGAUUUUGUUAACCACCGAGGAAACUGAGUUCACACAGAGUAUACAUGGACCAGGAGAGUCUGAUGAGAAAAGUGAUUAGGUGAUUUAAGGUUAUCCCAUGAGGGAUAUCAAGGAAGGUAGUGGUGAUGUGUCUUGACAAGCUGAUUAUAGAAAAUCCUGGAAAGACUUAGAUGAACUGAGGCUGAGUGAAAUGAGCAGCAUUAGUAAAACACUGUACAACAAUAGCAAGAUUGUGUGAUGUUCAACCAUGAUAGACUUAUCUCUUUUCAGCAGUUCAACAAUGAUCCAAGGCAAUUCAUAGAUUUGGGAUAGAAAAUGUCAUGUGCAUCCAGAGAAAUAUAAAAGACUGAAGACAGAUGAAAGCAUACUGUUUUCACCUUUUUUUCCUGUUUUUUUUCUCCUUUCUCAUAAUUUUUCCUUUUUGUUCUGAUUUUUCUCUUUCAACAUGACUCAUGAAAACAUGUAAAAAAUGAAUGUACAUGUAUAACCUAAAUAAAUGAAUUAAAAUUUAACAAGAUUAUUUAAAAAAAAAAGUCUGUCUCAUGAUAAUAGAGGAGGAGGUGUGUGGCAAGGAGGGUGGGAGCAUGAUCAGGAGGUUGGAGAGGUAGCCUAUCCAAGUAACUUCCAGAAUUAGAAGACAAGAAUUAACAAUCUUAUCUCUGGAGCAAAAAGGAACAGGGUCUGAUGGGAAAGAGGGGAUGUCCUCUGGAAGGAGGAAGGGGAUAUCCCAUCCCUCUUCUGAGCAGUCAUUGAUAAGUGUUAAUUUUCUAUGUUUUGAAUACAGUACCAUUUUAUGGUUUUAUUUGCUUUUGUUUCAUCGUGCAUAUAACAUUGAUGUAUUUGCUAGCCAUGUAUACUUUUGUUUAUAGAUGUACAUAUUUAAGUUAUAUCUUUUUAUUCUAUAGGAUUACCUAUGUUAUUAUUGCUUUGCUGUUAUGCAUAUUUUGCUCAUAUCUUCAAUGUGUAGAUGUUUACACAUUUGUAUAUGUGGAGUGUGUGGGUAUGUUUAGAUGUAUGUUUUAUGUGUAUUGUGUACGAAUUCUGGAGCAAGGAAUUGGAAUAGUGUUUUGGAACAGAGGUGGCAAUAUGGGGCAGUCCACAACAUUUUCUCAGUGUGGUUAGAACCAGAUAAAAAUAUAAGUGGAAAAUAUUUAAGAAAAAAUUAAAAAUAAAAUAAAAGAUUAACACUCCAUCUAAAAACCGUCAAUAUUUGGCCCGAUACUUAUGUACGGAUUAGUGGCCCUCUUUCCUACUAGAGUUUGACAUCACUAGGGAGAAGAGUGAAGAACUUGCUCAGACUGUUGCCCUAUGUUUUUGCUGAUUUAAAUGGUGGCGGGGACAAGGAAGGAACAGUCUUUAAUCAAAUGCUUGGCAAUAGCACUAUCUCCUCUCCUCCUCAGGAAACUCUUGCAAAUCAGGGAGACUGGGAAACAAGAGACCCUGGUCCAGAACAGAGGUCUCAGGUGGGGAGACAUGACUCUAUAACUUUGACAGGUAACGAAGGGGAUUGUCUGUGGUGCGUAUGUUGAUAUGUAUGGCGUCAAGUCAACAAUCAUUUAUUAAACACUACAUCAGGCACAACGAAAGGCAAUUAACUGUCCUUGUUGUCAAGAUGCUCACCGUCAAAUGGGAGGGACAAUUUUGUGUAAACAAGAUAUAUAAGGAAAAAUUGGAGAUCAUCUCAGAGCGAAGGCACAAAGAUUAAGGGAGAUCAAGAAAGUCUUCUUGCAGAAGGUGAGAUGUUAGCUAAAAUUUAAAGGAAGCUUGGGAAGCCUGGAUACUGAAAGAAUUGUAGGGGUGGAGGUUAGGAAAAUGCCCGGAGGUGGGAGAUGCGUAGUCUUCUUUGAAGAACAAGUAGGUGGCCAGAGUCACUGGAUCGCCGAAUUUUUUUGGGAAAAAUACAGCAUUAAGUAGGAAAAAGCCCGGUUAUAAAGGACUUUAAAAGCUAAUCCCGGAAGUUGUUUAAUCCUGGAGGCAAUGGGGAGCCCGAAGAUGAUUGAGUGGGCGUGUCCAUUGUGUGCGGGUAUGGGGAGGGGAGUUGGGGGCGCGCCCUCUGGGCGGGGGUCGGGGUGUAUGAGUGUGUGUCUGUGUGUGUGUGUGUAUUUGUGUUUGUGGGAAGGGGGGUUGGGGGCUGGCUCGCAGCAGCCACUCCACAGGCAGGCUGGCAGGCGGGUGGGCGGGCGGUCAGGGAUUCCGAGGCUAACGCUUCGCCCGAGUCCCGGCGCUCCGGGCACUGGCCCGUGGCCUGGAUGCCCUGCGUCCGGACCCUCCUGUGUAUCCUGGCCGCCCUGGGCGCCUGUGGCGCGGUCGCCUUCCUUGGCUACUGCGUGUACUUCGACAAGAAGCGGAGAAGCGAUCCCGAAUUCAAGCGGCGGUUGCGGGACAAAAGAAGAGCAGAGCAGCAAAAGGCUAAGGAACGGGGUGUGCAGGAUCGAGAAUCUUUGAAGAAUGAAAAAUUACAAGAAUUCUUUCUCCAAGAGGUCCAAAUGGGAGAACUUUGGUUAUCCAGAGGUGAACACAAAAUGGGAGUUGAACAUCUCACCAAUGCCAUUUUAGUAUGUGGGCAGCCACAGAAACUUCUGCAAGUUUUUAAACAAACGCUGCCCCCUAUGGUGUUUGAUAUGCUGAUGCGCAAACUACCCUUGAUAUGCCAGGUACGUGUAGGUUUCAUUCUUUUGCUGAAAACAAGGUGGGAAAUAGAAAUUUUAUAUUCAUGUUCAAGGACUGUGAGAUGCAUUUUUUCUAAAAUUGGUCUAACAUUCUAGAGUAAUUAAUGAAUUAUUUUGUUAAAAUGUGUUAUAAGUUUUCAACUUCUGAGAUAACCUUUGUCAAAGUUUAGAUUAUUAUUAUUAUUUUUUGCACUUCAGGAUUUUAUUAACAGCUGUAUCUGCUAAGGUUUAAUAAUGAAGUAACACAGUUCAGCUUCUAAAGGAGGCUUUAAAGAAAAACUAUUUAUAAAUUUAUCAAGAAAAUUUCCUCUUUCCCCCCAAAUUAUAUCAUUAGAUCAAAAUAUAGUUUUCCUUCUGUCAUUGAUAGAAACACAAGUUAUUUUUUGUCAAAAUUAGACCUAAAAAUCUUCUCUUUUUGAACUACAAUUUUAUAUGGAAUUUAUCUGAAUAAUUAUUUCUACAGUUGUCUUUUAUUUAUCACCAGAUUAAAAAAUGUUUACAAAAACCUGUCCUCUUUUAUGCUUUUGUGAAUCAAUUGACUUUUCAUAGAUACUAGUUUCAUUUCCACAUUUAUUUAAGCCACCAGACUAUUUUAGCUUUGGUUUAUUUCAUUUGGGCAUAUGUAGAAGGAAAAUAUGGAUAACCCACAAUUUCACUGGUGAUAAAUGAAUUAUGUAUUGAUGGUCUGACCUAAUCCUGAAUGUUUCAUUCUUAUAUUUUGUGUAAACAUCAUGGAAUCCACUCUAGAGUAUGGUGGCUGUCAGUUGACAUAGAUGGCAUUUUUCCUAGAGGCACAAGAAAAAGUUUAAUACUCAUCUGAGAGAGGAAGGCAGGACUGGAGAGAGGGAGGGAGAGGAAAAUAAAAGAAAGGAAAGAGUAUGCACUGAAAUAAUCAGCAAAUAAUUCUUCUGUAUUUACCAGCAAUUUGAGGCAGAAAUGCAUGAACAGGAAUGCCUUGAAGAUGAUCCUGAGUGAAAAAUAUUUCAGCUCUGUAUCCAGAUAAGAUUCCAGUGGAUACUAUGGUAAUUCUUAGUAUAAACAGCUGCUUGUUGAUAAAAA